UUUGGGGCGGUUUUUUUUACAGGACGGAGCUGCUUAUCUUCCAUGUAAACUGUCUUUUCACCAGUCAGGGUAAAUCCGGUGCCUAGAGUACGAGCUAGCAUGUAGCGAGUCUGUAGCCUUUUCUUGUAUUUGCAAUAUGAAGAAUGGAAGAAGACGAUGUGACUAUCAGAGAGCAGAAUUUCCACAGCCAAGUUCGAGAGUACAUCAUUUGUUUCCUCCUGUUUGCAGUCCUCUACAUUGUGUCCUACUGCAUCAUAACCAGAUACAAGAGGAAGAGUGAUGACCAUGAGGAUGAAGAUGCUGUUGUCAACAGAAUAUCAUUGUACUUGUGCACCUUCACCCUGGCAGUGUCGGGUGGUGCCGUCUUCCUACUGCCUUUCUCAAUCAUUAGUAAUGAGAUCCUCCUCUCCUUCCCCAAAAACUAUUACAUCCAGUGGCUCAAUGGCUCCCUCAUCCAUGGUCUCUGGAAUCUGGUGUCACUGUUCUCCAACCUUUGCCUCUUCGUCCUGAUGCCUUUUGCUUAUUUCUUCCUGGAGUCUGAGGGAUUUGCGGGAUCAAAAAAGGGCAUUAAAGCACGUAUUCUUGAGACCUUUGUGAUGCUCUUCCUGCUGGCUCUGCUAAUCCUCGGUAUAGUGUGGGUGGCAUCGGCGCUCAUUGACAAUGAUGCAGGCAGUAUGGAGUCCCUUUAUGAUCUUUGGGAAUUCUACCUACCAUACCUCUACUCUUGUAUAUCUCUGAUGGGAGGACUGCUUUUACUAAUGUGCACUCCAGUGGGAUUGUCCAGGAUGUUCACCAUCAUGGGCCAGUUAUUAGUAAAACCAACGAUCCUGGAGGACCUGGAUGAGCAGAUUUACUGCAUCCAUUUGCAGGAGGAAGCCCUUCAGAGGAGAUUAAACGGAUCGUCCUCACACACUUAUACUCGUGGAAGCGUUGCUCACCAGCUCAACAAAGAAUUGGACAAUAUUAGAAAUCAGAGAAAUAAAUUGGAGAGAAGAAAAAAAGCAUCAGGUUGGGAGAAGAACUUGUUGUAUCCCAUAGUGAUGCUGAUCCUGCUCGCAGGAACGACUCUCUCAGUUAUUAUGGUGGCACUGAAUAUCCUCUACCUUCUUGUGGAUGAGACUGCCAUGCCCAAGGGAUCCACAGACCGAGGCAUUGGGAACACCUCUCUGUCCACAUUUGGCGUGGCACAAGCGGUGCUGGAAAUCAUCCUCAUGUUCUACUUGAUGGUGUCUUCUGUCGUUGGCUUCUACAGCCUGCGUGUCUUUGAGGGACUCACUCCCAGCAAGGAUGACACAACCAUGACAACGAUCAUUGGUUGCUGUGUGUCAAUCUUGGUCCUGAGUUCAGCCCUGCCAGUUAUGUCCAGGACUCUAGGUGGCAAUGUUACUGACAGCGUUUUACCUUCACUGCUGGAAGUCGUGACUGAUAAGAACCAAUCAGGAAGUGAAUGCGGGUGACGGUAUCAUUGUUUUCAAAACCACUUUGUUUUUGCAUUUCCAUACGACAAUGCAGUCCUGGAGUUUUUCAAACUUCAGCAGCGUUUCCAAACGUCUCUGUUUUAGGUGUAUGGAAGUUCCAGAGAAGUGUGGAUGGCAGGCGUAAACCUAGCAGCAGUGAUUUGUGGAUGUAGCCUUCAAGGAGAGGAUUCAUAAUACUUUACUAUCUGUCAUUAAAUAUGAAUCUACACUAAUUAACAAGUUCUAUUUUGUUUGUGUAAUGUGAACAAAGACCAAGGAAAACCAUUACCAAAGAAGAACUAAAGUCACAUUACCAUCGAAGAAAUGGUCCUGCACAUUAAACUGCAACUUGUUGUUUAUACAUUUCAGUUUUUUCCACAGAUUAAACAAAGAUAAUACAUAGUAAUUGGUGAGCUUUAGAGGAGCUGGUAGGUGGAAUAUCAUUUACUUUCAUGCCCCCAUUUCCAUCUUCAUUCUGAAUACAUACUUGUGGAAAGGAGAGUGGUACUAAUCUCAGCAAGAAAAACAAGAAACAUAUUUCCCAGAAUGUCAAACAAUUUCUUAAAGAGACCUUGUAGAGAUUUGAAGGAUGAACUGAAUUUCCAGAGGUGUCAUAAUGACCUUGCCACAAACAAACGGGAAAAUAAAUACUUCUCCCCCACACAGCCGCAUUCAGUACUGCUGCCAUCACCAGACCAUUAAGGUUAGCUAGUUGAAUUCUCCUAUAGUUUCCCAUAGUGACGUUUGGAACGAAGGGCUAAAAAUGACAGGAAUAGCACCAUCACAAUGGCACUAAUAAACAUGCAGAGUGCAGAGCACAGCUGUUCAAAUA